AUGCUGGUGCACUGCCGCUACCUAUCGGCCGGAGGAGGAAACGUCCAAGUCGUUCCGUCGCUGGUUUACCAGCCCCUCCCAGUCUACAAACUCCUUUUUUUCGUGCCCGAGUGCGAGCUUGUGGCGUUGGAAUCCCAGACGCCUCGCCGCCGAAACAAAAUGGCGGGCGACCGCCGCGAAGACAAAGAUGGUGAACUCAAUGUCCUGGAAGACAUUUUGACGGAAGCCCCGGAUCAGGACGACGAGCUGUACAACCCGCAAACGGAGCGACACGUCACGGACAAGAAAGGGAGCAAACGUAAAAGCGAGCGUUCGGAAUGUCACGAUCGGAAGCGCCCGCGCUCCGGCCGUGCCCCCUCCCGCUCGUCUCCGGCUAAUAAGAGAGCCGCCCUUUCGUCGACGUCUUCCAAGAGGUCGGCGAGCAGUCCUCGCCGACGCCACCGCGUGAGCGGCUAUCGCGGGGGAGGCGACUAUGCCGAGCGAAAGAGACGGCGAGACGCCGGCCGCGCAAGUGAACGGGCCCGACGAAGGCGCUCGCCUGGGGACUCUGACAAGCUUAUUUAUUUGCUGCGCGCACAGAAGCGGCAGAGCAGUUCCUCACGUCACCGGGACAACAACCAAUCAGAGGAGGACGAGGCGCCGGAGUACGCGCCGGAACGUCGUUCUGGAAGCUCCUCCCCCGACGAGGAGGGCGAGGAAGAGCAAGAAGUAGAGGAUGAGGAAGAGGAGGAGGAAGAAGAAGAGGGAGAGGAGGAGGAAGAGGAAGGCGAGGAGGAAGAAGAGGAGGAAGAAGGCGAAGAGGAGGAGGAAGGCGAGAAGGAAGAGGAAGACGAGGAGGAAUACGAGCGGCGCGGCGAGGGUAACGACUACGACACGCGCAGCGAGGCGGGGGACUCGCGCUCGGCAUCCUCCGUCACUUUUUCCGAUGACGGCGAAUCGGCUCACUCGGCCUCCGACGCUUCAGGUUCCGAGGAGAAACGCGAGAAGCUUUCCUCGUCGGUGCGAGCCGUUCGUAAGUCCCCCGUCGGAACCGGGAGGCCGAACGAACGAACGCUCGCUCACCUCACUUGCCGUUUCUCCGCAGAUCCGGGCGGCCACCUUCGUUACAUCCUGCGCGAGUCGCGCUACUUUGUCAUCAAAAGCAACAACCACGAGAAUGUCUCGCUCGCCAAAGCCAAAGGCGUCUGGUCGACGCUGCCCGUCAACGAGAAGAAGCUGAACGCGGCUUUCCGCUCGGCUCGCAGCGUCAUUCUGGUCUUCUCCGUACGGGAGAGCGGGAAAUUCCAAGGUUUCGCACGCCUGGCUUCGGAAUCGCUCCACGGCGGCUCUCCCAUCCACUGGGUGCUUCCCGCCGGCAUGAACGCGAAGAUGCUGGGCGGCGUUUUCAAGAUUGACUGGCUGUGCAGGCGGGAGCUUCCCUUCACCAAGACGGCGCACCUUUCCAACCCCUGGAACGAGCAUAAGCCCGUCAAGAUCGGACGCGACGGACAAGAAAUCCAGCCGGACGUGGGCGCUCAACUGUGCGCAUUGUUCCCCCUGGACGAGAGCGUGGACAUCCAGCAGGUGGCGCGGCGCGUCCGCCACAAGCGCGAGACCCCUUCGGAAACGCGACCCCGCGGCCGCCCGCCGCUGCGCGAGCCGGGAAGGCGUCGUCUCGAAGAGUACGACCUCCACGGCAGGAAGCGACCUCGGGCCGAUUGUCCGGACUUCAACCAGCGAUCAGGCUUCAUCCAGGAUCUGCGCAAUCAGCCGCUGGACAGGCGCUUCUCCAAUGUCAGACGAGAUGUUUUCCUCAACGGGGUGAGUGUGCUUUCGUCUCUUGAGUCAUACGACUACAUGCGCGACUACCACCACAACGUAGGACCGCCACCACCCUGGCAGACUUUGGCGACGUACCCCGGCGUGGAGCAGCCGGCCCCCCACCACCCGCCCUAUUACCACCACCAUAACCACCCGCCGCCACCGCAUCAGGCCUACCACCACCACCCGAUGGCGCCGCACGAGGCUCCGCCCCCUCGCUUCCGAGACAAACAGCGUGCGGCGCCGCCGUCGCACCGCGCUUUCGCGUCCAGUCCGCACGACUACGAUAUGCGCGUGGACGACUUCCUACGGCGGACGCAGGCGGUGGUGAGCAGCCGGCGAGAACGCGAGCGGCAGCGAGAGCGCGAGCGAACCGGGCCCAGACGGGAGCGGGAGCGGCCCAGGGACAGAGAGCGGGACAAAGAGAGGGGGCGCUACCGCAGAUGA